UAUUGGUGCACUUUGAUGGUUUGUUUUACGGGGGUUCAUAUCUUGGUGGAGUGGCAGAGCUGAUGAGAAUAAAUUACGGCCGACAAAUGUAUUCUGAAAUAGUUUCUCGUGCACAAGCAUUAUUAAAGGUCGAUCCUUGUAAUUUUGAGUACAUAUUGUGGGCAGUGUUUGAUGGAAGGGAACGAGUUGUGAAGAUAAAAAUUGAAUCCAAUGACAAUAUCUUAGAGCUGAUUGAAGAACAAAAAAAUCUCAACAUUUACGAGAAGCGAGUAGAUGUAGGGAUUCCGGGGACGGCGCAACAAAGCUUGACGCAAAUGAUGGCGUCCCAAAGUGUAUUUCCUAGUUCUUUUGGU